CUUCUUCUCCCUGUCCGAGGAAGAUAAAAUGAAGGCACCUCAUCCCAAAGAAUGUACGGUGCACCUGGCUAUUCAUAGCCAGGACUGGAACACGUUCACCCUGCUCUUUCAAGGCGAUUACGGUGGGCUGGGAGUAGAAGACGUUUUCAAACCAGGCACAUUCAUUCCAGCCACAUCCAUCAAGGAUGGAGUCGUUGUGGAUGCAGGAGACGUCUUGCAGAUGUGGAGUAACAGUACGUAUCAUGUUUUAUCUGGUUUGUACCAGGAACUGCUGGGGCUGACUUAAAC